GUCGGCGUAUUAAUACACCAAAACUGACGUGGCCACCACCAUCUUGGAAGUAAACUUGUGGCAGAAAACGUUGCAUAUUUUUCUGUUAGUCGUUGAAACUAACUCAAAAGUAGCAAGUUUCAUUUAGUAAUUAUACAAUUAAUAAGCAGAAUGGUGCUGCUUGCGUCUGCUGUGUGCAAUAAGUCUGGGAAAGCCAUCAUUUCUCGCCAGUUUGUCGAGAUGACGCGGUCCCGCAUCGAAGGCCUUCUGGCUGCGUUUCCAAAGCUGAUGAACACGGGAAAGCAGCACACGUUUGUGGAGACUGAGAGCGUGCGCUACGUGUACCAGCCGCUGGAGAAACUCUACAUCCUGCUCAUCACCACCAAGGCCAGCAACAUUCUCGAGGACCUGGAGACACUCAGACUCUUCGCUAAAGUGAUCCCUGAAUAUUGUCACAACAUGGAGGAAGCGGACAUUGUCGAACAGUCAUUUUCUUUGAUAUUUGCCUUUGAUGAGAUUGUUGCCCUGGGUUACAGAGAAAAUGUGAAUCUGGCGCAGAUUAGAACCUUUACUGAAAUGGACUCCCAUGAGGAGAAAGUGUUCCAGGCUGUUAGACAGACUCAGGAGAAAGAGGCCAUAGACCACAUGAGGCGGAAGGCCAAGGAGAUCCAGCAGAAACAGAAGGAUAUGAACCGCGGAACUCGCAGUGCCGGCUACGGACAGGGAGGCUUCGGAAGCAGCUCAUACAAGUCAGACUUCAUCUCCAUGGAUACAGCACCUGUUGAACCACCCAAACCAUCGUACACACAAGUCAGUAAGCCUUCUGCCACAGGCAAGGCUCUCAAACUGAGCACAAAAAAGAAAGACGUCGACACAUUCGUUGGGCAGCUGGAGUCUGAAGGAGAAAAAGUUUCAUCUUCAAACAAAGCUGUAUCAAGUUCUGUAUCUAAAAUAGCCACACCUGCCGCUAAUCAAGAGAGUAUCCAUGUGAUCGUUGAAGAGAAGAUUGCAUUGACGGCGGGACGAGAUGGUGGCCUGGAAAAUAUGGAGAUUCAUGGAAUGGUCAAGUUGAAAAUAACAGAGGACAAAUACACGCGAGUCAGGAUCAACGUGGUGAACAACGAUGACAAGGGAAUCCAGAUACAGACUCAUCCAAAUAUUGACAAGAAACUGUUCAUGGCGUCGUCGUGUGUUGGACUCAAACACCCGGAAAAACCGUUCCCUCUGAAUACAGACAUUGGCGUGCUCAAGUGGAGGUUCCAGACACAGGACGACUCAUUCAUGCCACUGUCCAUUAAUUGUUGGCCCUCUGAAAGCAGUAAUGGUUGUGACGUAAACAUAGAAUAUGAGCUGGAGAAACCUGAGUUAGAACUGGAAAAUGUUAUAAUAUCUAUUCCUUGCCCGUCGGGUGCUGGAUCACCGGUGGUGGGGGAGUGUGACGGGGACUACUCAUACGACACGAGAAACCGUCUCCUACAGUGGAACCUCCCUGUCAUUGAUGCCAGCAACAAGUCUGGAAGUAUGGAGUUCUCAAUAAAUGGUCAUCCUGAUGACUUCUUUCCCGUCAACGUGUCCUUCGUUUCCAAGAAACCAUAUUGUGAUAUACAGAUAACUGAUGUGCGACUCGUGGACGACAAUCAGUCUGUCAGGUAUUCGGAUGAGGUGAUAUUCUAUGUUGAAAAGUACGAGAUUGUCUAGGACCAAUUGUUAACUGAUGGCCUAAGUUAUUUUCACAGCUGGUACAGGAGACUGUAUGUGGUUAAGGAAUUGACGUAUCAUGGAGUACACUAUGCUGCAAACACAAGACAAGUUUUUCCGCAAUUUUAGAACAUGUUAAAAUAUAAUAGUAACUGCUGCAGAGCCAAGCUCAAGAGACUGUGGUUACGAAGGGAGUGUUUUAUGGUGUACAUCAUGUUGCAAUCAAGACGGAUGGUUUUCCAGCUAUUUAGAUGAUAAAAUAAACCUGCCGCAGAACUCUUGUGUGGUUGGGUUAUGGACGUGUGUACGGCAGAUGCUUGUUUGUCGUACACACAGACAGUGGGAAGUGUUUCUCAUCGGUGGGUUUGUGUGUUCAGGAGAAAGAGUUACUCACAGCCAGUCAAUUCUUAUGUAGAAUCUGUAGAAUUACAGGGAUUAUAUGCGGUUUGGAAAUACGAAAUUCUCUUUAGAAUUUAUAACAGUAGGGGUUGUUCGUAUUUAAAUAAAAAGGAGAAAAAACUGCUUGAAGGCAUGUGAAGAUAUAUGAAAAUUCUGCCAAGCUGCAUUACUGAUGAACAUAAUAUAUAAAUCUUGUGAAUACAGUUUUUUGUUUCAUUUGAUGAGUAAAAUGUUAGCUGUAUUUAACGACUUAACAGAAUUUUGUUCAAGUUUUAAAUGCUGAAUUUGAGUAAAAUUCAAAGUCUUGGGAAGAAAGGAUUGUUAUUUCUUAUAGGAGAAGGGUACGGGAUACAUUUGGAAUUUUAUUUUCCAAAAUAUCUAUGCACCCCAGUCAUUGCAUUUCUUAAACAUGUAUGUUACAUAAUCAGUCCUGAUAGUGGUGCAGUUGGGGGUGGGGGGUGGGGGGGGGGGGAUUAAAUUUAAAACGGGGUUGGUGUGGAAGAAUAUGGUAAGGUGUUAUUUUCCCAUGGUAUUUAUAAAGAGUGAACAUUGUAUGUUGUCUGUCAUUAAUGAAAAGUGAAGACUAUUUUUGAUGUCUGUCAUUGUUGAAGAGUGAACAUUGUAUUUUGAUGUCUGUCACGGACUAAGAAUGAGAAGACCCGUUCAGAUGUCUUGUGAAUACUUUUUUUUAUACAUGUAUGUUCUAGCAUGUAGUUUAUAGUGUCAAUGUAGGUUACUGUAACAUUUUAUCGAGGGUUCAGUCAGCAUUAAUGGGAAUUGUUAUAAACCUCACAAAACAAUUGGGAGUUCCUGUCUGUUUCUCAGGAAAUAAAAAAUUAAAGCCUUGUGUGGUAUCAAUAUUGACCCUUAAAAUGUACGUGAAAGGGUUGUGUAUUUUUAUUACGGUAUGAAUCGUGAAUAUCAUUUCAACAAUAAAGGCCAAGUUAGAAAAUGAAGACUUGUGUUCGAUCCAUGGGAGUUUGUACUGGUCUGAGCCUGAUAGACACUUUUUAAAGUUCCAUCCGACACUUGCCGUCGACCACCAGUUAACAUGCUAUGUUGUAAUAAUGUCACAAAUUUUACUUGCUCAUAAAUGUCUAGAAAGAUUUCUGAAAAGUCUUAAUGAUGAUAUAUGGUUAUGCAUUCUUUCUUCUUUUUUUUUAAAAACUGCAACGUCUCCCAAAAGAAAAAACCCUGCAUCUAGAUUCAACUACUGCCAGUUAACCCUUGAUAGAUUAUAGGUCCAUUUACAAAGUAUGAUUUUCAUAACAUCACGGAACAGUCGCAUCAGCUUAAUGUCUAGACUUGAGGUUCACAUUUAAAAUUGUGAUGUGUUUCAUUCAAAUUGAAUGGUGUUGAUAUGGUCUUAAGUUUGAGCCUUAAGUCACAAUAAAGGCUUUUUAUUUCACUCGUAUGCCAACAGACAGAAGAGAAAAUAGUAUAUUAAAACUUGUAAAUUUUGUUUUGUUUUUGUUUACUCCUCAUUAUUGUAAAUAUUGUAUACUUGCCUGAGACAGUCGAGGAGUAGAUAGUACCAAUAAAUGUCUCUUUUUUAUCCUUUUUUUUUUUUUACCUUAUCUUCAUUAAGUGUAAGACCGUGGCUAUACCAUCUCACGAUCGACUUCCAUCCUUCAGUAUAAAUGCCCUACCAAUGUUAGCAUUACAUCAGUGGGGUACAAUUACAGUUUAAUGUAGGGACAGAACACUCCGAGACAAGACUGGAUAUUUAUGAAGGCUUAUUCACAGAGUGGGACUCGCAUCUUGUAAAAUAUUGUGUGUCCAUGGCUAAAUGGUAUAUUACAGGCUUCUGAAAACUGCGAGAACGACGGUUUCGUUCACGCAAGUCUUGUUUUUCGAAACACAUUUUACGUUUGUGCAUUAAAUUUAGGCUUUCAUUUACGUCCCGUGUUGGAUGACUUGCUAUCCAGAGACCAAACCCAGGGUGGACAUGUCUGAAACCUUAGUGGUAUAGGGACAUGUUAAAAUACUCAAAAAGUAAGUUAUUUACGUGGUCAUGACAUGUUAUGGACAAGAGGAAAUGGGUUACCUGAAUUAAAUGUUGCUUUACCUAUAAAUUGGUUUACAUCAGUUUUUAAUUCUCAGAGGGCUGUAUUGCUUCAAAAGACCUACCAGGUACCUGAACCUGUAAUAGAAACUUAAAUCACACAGUAUCUUUGUCGCUCCCACUCGGGCAAUGCAAGAAUCGUGACACUCGUCAGUAAAGUAAAUUGAUUCUUCUACAUGAAUAAACUUUGACAAUCUCUAAUGUGCUCUAGCCGUAUUCUGUUUACAUGUGAAAAUAUACUGAUGAAAAGAAAUAAGGGAACAUCAAAUUGCAGACCAAAUUUAAUUCACUACUAGCAUAGUAAUGUCUCUAUUUUAUACCAAGUUGUAAUGUGGGACUGAAUGUCUGUAGUGUUGAAUGUGCUGCCUAUAUGUUCCCAGUCAACUUCUGACAAUAUAAAAUGAUUUUUGAUAGUCAUUAUUUCUUGUUGCUAUCGGUGUGAUCCUUUAUUUCUUUCUAUCAGUAUAUGUCUAGAGUCAGCUGACAUUGUCCAUUUAAAAACUGACUACCAUGAAUAUUGUUAAAGCGGCUUUCUCAUUGUGAAUUUGUGGCAUGCGAUUUGUCAGCCCUACAAAAAUCGGAACGUGUGAGACUAAAAGUUGUUCUGAGUUCGGUAUUCUCAGUAUGAUUCGAUUGCAUGCAACGAUUGCAUGCAACAAGUCCGUGCGUCUCAUUGCAUAAUGGUAACACCCGUUAAGUACUUCGUCUAAAAUACAUAAAAUAAAAAUACAAUGCCAUAGCGAUGUAUUUCGAUUGUUUUGGGGGUCACUUGUUUUAUUGUGUAAUAUACAAAUAGUUUUUUUAAAUCUGAUGCCACAGACCUAUACUUGUAGUCGAUUGUUUUGGAGAUCACCAAUAACAUUAAACUUAUAUAUAUCCGACUAAUACAGACAUUGCACGAAUAAAACCCAGCAUCCCUAUCUGAAACAGUCUGUUUUGGGUUUCUUUUUGUAGUGUGUAUGCUAGUAGAGUAUAUUGGAUAAGCAGCGUUCUCAUAUGAUUAGCCGCACGGACUUGUCUCAUGCAAAUUGUCAGCCAUACAAAACUCGGAACGUAUAAGACUAGUGUUCCGAUUUGGGUGUUCUCGCAAUUUUAUUCGAUCACAUGCAACAAUUCGGUGCGACUAAUCGCAUUAUGAGAACGCCCCUACAAGGAUCAAACCUAAAGAUGUGACAUUUAGGAAAAUAUGUGUAUAUUGGCGACUGUUUACCUGUUGAAAUUUGAUAAUCAGUUACAUAGGGUGCACUUUAGCUCUUUUUUUCUUCUAAUAUAUAUUUAAUCAAGGGUUGGGGGAUACUUGAGCUAAGCUCGGGCGAGUGUUCUACCACAAGAGAUGUAUGCUGCUACGACUCGGCUACAAGACCGUCGGUUGUUAUGAGAUGUUUCGUCUUAUUUGAAAGUCUAUUUCUGUUCAUUUAUUAAGCACUAUGUAUUAAUUAUUAAUAUGUAUAAGGGCAUAAACUUGUUGAUGUACGAUUUUCAAUUUCCGGGGUCCAAAUAUAUGAUGUACAUUAAACAAAUAUUUACUUCA